CUAAACCACCAAUAAACCCACCCAAUCAAGUAAGGAUACAUUUUUCGCUCAAAAAACCCUGAAAAAAUGAAGUGCUGCUGCCAUGCGAUAAGAGAAGGGAAGUGAUUUAUUUGUCCAAUUGCUCGUUCAUGUGAGAAAAUUCCGGGCGUAGUGUCCCCAGGCUCCAUCGGAUUUACAACCCUUUGAGUGGAGGGCUGAAUAGUGAAAAUAAGUAUACAACCUUUAUAGGAUAGCUGUUUACACGAUCGGUACGUGAAUGAUAUCGGUCUGUGGCUGGAGGAUAUAAAUCGAGGCGUUCAUCAGUCAAGGCAGCCAUCAGAAUACCUACCUACUUGUGCCGGAUUAUUAUUGAACCGGAGCUGCUGCACGAAUCUAUUUUAAUUAGUGGAUUACCUACUAUUCAACAUGCACUCUCGUCUGCUAACGCUCUUUUGGCGCCGUAAGCUUCUACUUCUGGCCUCUUCAGUCCUCUUUCUGUUGGCCCUAUGGUUCUGGGGCUUCCUGUAUACUACGCACGUCAACGACGGUGGCAAAAUUGUAUCCAUCAAGGAGCUGAUGAUGGGCGGCGGAGGAAGUGGAACCUCCCUUAGCGGAGCCCAUCGGGAAAAUCUGCUGCAACGGUUAGGAUUCUACGAUGAGCUGCUCGAUGAAACUGGGGCCGGUGGCGUCAAAUUCGUAAAACCCACCGUCGAAGGUUUGUUGGCGAGAAGUAGAGCUAAAUUUUUCAAUGAGUGGGAAGCGAUAAUGCAAGACCGAGAUGAAAAACCUCACAGUGCUAGAGAAAUAAACAAACGAAGAUCAACAGAGGAACUUAGGAUAGCGGCUGAAAAACAGAACCACUAUGAACACGAGCUGAAGAAGAUGGGUGUUCCGGUUAUUGCCGGGAUAGGACCCGGUGGCCAUCCCCCACCUUUACAACGCUUAGUUCAUCUGGAUCUCAAAGGAGCCCCACCGAAGAUUGCUUACUUGAAGCGAUUGAUGCCAAUCAUGAAAACCUUAGGAGCAACAGGUAUUCUGCUGGAGUACGAAGAUAUGUUCCCGUACGGCGGACCACUGUCUCCCAUCACAGCAAGGAAUGCCUACCAAAAAGAAGAGCUUACAGAAAUUUUAAAGACUGCUUUCGCCCUGGGACUGGCAGUCAUCCCGCUGGUGCAAACAUUCGGUCACCUAGAGUUCGUGCUAAAGUUACAAGAAUUUACGCACCUGAGGGAAGUCGAAGAUUCGCCACAAGCCCUGUGUCCCAGUAAAAAUGCUUCCAUGGUAUUUUUGGAAGAAAUGCUAGAGCAGGUUAUAGAUUUUCAUACACCGGCCAAAAAUAUUAAUCUAUUUCGCAAGGAAGAUGUAGAAAAACUCACACCCAAACUAACGCACAUACACAUCGGUUGCGAUGAAGUAUACCAGAUUGCUCAAUGCUCACGAUGCAAGAACCGACUCAAAGAUCAGCUGUUUUUAGAUCACGUUUACAACGUGGCAUCUAUUAUUCGUAAAAAGUGGCCACAUAUGAAAAUAAUCAUAUGGGACGAUAUGUUGCGACACAUGCCUGUUGAAACUUUACAAGCUUCGGGCAUAGGUAAGCUUGUGGAGCCCAUGAUCUGGGUGUAUGCCGAAGAUAUCUACAAAUUUAUACAAUCCUCGACCUGGGACAAAUACUCUAUAGUAUUUAAUACUGCUUGGGCAGCAUCUGCAUUCAAAGGAGCUCAUGGAGAAACUCUACUGAUCCCACCGAUUAGAAGACACCUAGAAAACACUCUCCGCUGGCUUGCCGUUAUGCAGGGUGAAGGGUCUCGCUUCCCCGAUGGUCUCCAGGGCUUGGCUUUAACCGGCUGGCAACGGUACGAUCAUUUUGCGGUUCUCUGUGAAAUGCUUCCUACAGCACUUCCUUCGUUGGCUGUCUGUUUGUCAACAGCCUCUCGUGGAUAUUUCGAUGUCAAUCCCAAAACAAACCCAAUCCUGAGUAGUUUAACCUGUCCAGAGCCAACAAGCGAUCGACAUGCAUGGAUUGAACUGCACAAAGAUUCCAUUCUUUCAACGUUCUCGAGGUGCAUGUUUCCGGGAAGCGUCAUCUAUCGGUUCAUGCUGCGGCUGAUGACACUGAUCAACGAGGCCAAGGAGUAUAUCGAUGACGUGAAGCAGAAGCGUGGCUGGCUGACGGACUAUAACGUGCGGCAUAAUUUCACCUCCGGCACACGAGUGGACGACUUGCUAGGGGAAGAUUACCGAUUGCUGAAUUCGAUUACCAACCUGGCGAGGAAUGCUGCUUCGACGCUGGCUGAUGUUUAUGAUCACUGGACUUCCGGAGAGUUCAUCGAGCAGCGCAUCUACCCGAUCCUGGCCGAAUUGAAGCACCUUGAACGGAUAGGCGACGAUCUGAAGAAGCGUAAAACCUGGCCCCAGCGUCCGCUACCCUACCUGAAGCCCUUCGAGGCGCUCGGGAUCGACGAGAAAACAUAGCUACAGGAGUACAUCAAAAUCCCGCUGAACCUUUAAACGAAAGACGUACCCUUUACCUAUACAAGUAUACAGUAAGACUCCUCCAAAAACCUUGUUAGAGAAUAGCUUAGACAAAAAAAAAAGUCAACUGGUAGCGAAUUUUCCUGUUAGCGUUUCUCAUGUGCAGAUACGAUUGUGAGAGUCCAAUUGCAGUGUAUUAAAAUUUGCUUCGCGAAAUUUUCCGUGGCGUUAAAUGUAAGAAGAAGAGAGAAUGCUUAAGCAAAGAAAUUUUAAAUUUCGACAUAGAACGUAACAAAAUUAAGAAAUGCAUUUGGCGCAGUACAAUCUGAAUAGGAUUCAAUUUUUAUCAUAUUUUUUUUCACAAAAAGAAGCAUAAGUUGUGUUUAUUUCCAUAGUAAAAAUGAAACAUUUUCGUUUAAAUAUUUGAUUUUUGAACGGACUGGUUCGUUAAAGGCUAAAAAUCUCCCUAAUAAAGACAUAAAACCAUUUUUUUGUUUUUUUCAUCCAAUUGUUACGCCUCGCAAGAAAAAAAAUCUCCAACAGUAUUAUUUUGAAAAAAAAGUAGUCGAAUAGUGUAACCUGUUUCGGUAAACAAGACUGAAAUUCAAAUAACUCAAUUAUAUUGAAUGUCGUAGGAACUGUCCGCUAAAAUCAGCUAAGGCAAAAUUCAUUGAAUGUAUUUGAAUCAAGAGUAGUCUUCGAAUCGACAAACAUGAAAUUCUCAUCUUAAUAAAAACGAA